GCCUCCCACAUUCAUCCACACAGGUAGGUAGCGCGGAACUUGUUUCCUCAAGGAAAUUAGUCUGUGAGAAAAACAAACAGAUCAUCAAAAGAUGAAGACCGCCGCCGUGUUCUCCAUGAUGUUCCUUGUUAGCAUGCUGCUUCCAAUGGUAGCACCCGAGGACGACUCCACCUCCGAACAAGACGUGUACAUUGUGUACACCGGCGGUGCCAACCCCGCAAAUUUGGCCGUAAAGGAAUCGUUAAUCAACAGGGUCCUUGUCAGGAAAAAUCUUUUUGACAUGGUUACUACGUACCAACACGGGCUGGCCGGCUUCGCCGCACGGAUGUCGUCGUCGGAGGCCAUGUUCAUCUCCCAGCAACCAGGCGUCUUGUCUGUUUUCAAAGAUUCAUACUUGAAGCCUUUGACGACACGGUCUUGGGACUUCCUCGGGGAACCAGCAGCACCAUUCGCUGGCUUUGAGGACGUUGUCGUCCCUGCCUCCUCGGAGGUAGUGAUUGGCUUCAUCGACACCGGCAUCUGGCCGGAGUCCCCGAGUUUUCGGGUUGGCAAGGUGAGCAGAGCCCCGCCGGCGGAUUGGAAGGGAAUAUGUGAAACGGCCAAAGAUUUCAACAGCAGCGCAUGCAACGGGAAAAUUGUGGGAGCACGAUCCUACGUGAAUGGGAGUAGCGCAAGAGAUAUCCAUGGCCAUGGUUCACAUGUCGCUUCAACCGCCGCUGGAAUGGCGGUCAAAGCCUCGUACCAUGGCUUCGCGGCCGGGACGGCCCGAGGGGGUUCAGAGUCCUCAAGAAUUGCGGUGUACAAGGCCUGCGGCCUCGAAGGGUGUAAGUCAUCGGCCAUACUGAAGGCUUUCGACGACGCCAUCUCCGACGGCGUCAGGGUCAUAUCCGCUUCCAUCGGCCCCGACGAGACGGACGGCCCUAUCGAUCCCCUCGACUACUUACUCAACGACCCUGUGAUGCUGGGGGCCUUCCACGCCGUGGAAAGAGGGAUUACUGUAGUUUGCGCCGCCGGAAACCGUGGCCCGCUCCCGGGGACCGUGCUUAACGACGCGCCCUGGACUAUAACGGUGGCGGCCGCAACAAUAGACAGAGAUUUCCGCGCCAAUGUCCUGUUGGGUAGCGGCACAAUCAUCAAGGGCGAAGGGAUCGUGUUUCACAGGCUGAAUGGGUCGGCCAUUCACCCACUGACCUCCGGUGAGGCAGCCAAGGAAAGGAAGGCAACCAAUCACGCAGCCAGGGAUUGUCAGACGGGUUCGCUCAGUAUGUCCAGAGUUGAAGGGAAAGUUGUGUUUUGUGAGACCAGGGAUAAAAAGACCGCCUUGGACCUACAAGUAUACGAGGUAAUAAAUAAUGGCGGCUUGGGAAUCAUUAUAGAGAACGACUUCUUGAAGAGAGUGGCAAACUACUAUGGGGGCUUCGAUAUCGCUACAACUGUGAUCAGCACAAAAGAAAGUUUGAAGCUAAAGGACUACUUGAAAUCUACCAAGAAACCAAUAGCUAAAAUUCUUCCAACCGUUCAAAUUGGCAACUACAAGCCAGCUCCUGAAGUGGCUUUUUUCUCAUCCCCGGGACCGUCAGCGAGCUCGCCCGACAUAACGGCACCGGGGGUGGACAUUCUCGCCGCGUGGUCGAGCGACGAAAGAUUCACCGAGGCCAGCGAUAGAGGCUACACGAUAGAUUCCGGCACGUCCAUGGCUUGCCCUCACAUCUCCGGCGUGGCGGCAAACAUAAGGUCCGGGAUGCCAUCUCUCAGCCCCUCCGGCGUGAAAUCGGCCAUGAUGACCACCGCCGUGUCCACCAACAAUGCGGGAGGCCCGAUCAGGACAUAUAAUGGAGAGUUGGCCAGCCCGUAUGAAAUGGGAGCCGGAAUGGUCCACCCGGCUGGAGCGGUCGACCCGGGUCUCAUCUACGAGACCACAAUGGAAGACAUCCGCCACUUCCUAUGCUACCGCGGCUAUAGCACCAGCACAGUCAAGGCCCUUUCAACGACCGCCUCGCCCAGCUUCUCCUGCCCACCCGGCGGUGCAAAUCUGGACCGAAUAUCUUCACUGAAUUACCCUUCCAUUUCGGUCCGAGUGAGCCGAACCAGUAGAACCGUGACCCGCCGGUUGACCAACAUUGCGGCUACUACUGGAGAAGGGACCUGCUGGGUGUACAAGGCGUCCGUUGUCGGGGUCGACACAGAGGAAGGUGUUGUCGUCAAGGUGGUCCCCACAGAGCUGAGCUUUGCCGAGGUCGGAGAGACCAAGGAGUUCAGCGUAACGUUUGUGAGGAGUAAUGCUGGGAAGAAGGUUGUAAGCGGUUGGAUCGAGUGGACCAACCCCCGGUUCACGGUUCGCUCAGUGUUUGUGGCCUCGAUGGAUUAAUAUAAUGGAAAUAGGUAGUAUUUAAAUAUGUCUUCAUAUACAAACCAACUAUUCUCGUAUGAGAAAUAUCAUUCACAAUAAUUUAGAUGAAUGUAUCAUCCAACUAUAUAUUUGCAUGUGAAUGUAUUCGUCUCGGAAACUUGUGAGGUUUACCUUUAUAAUUAGAUUUGGGCGAGCCGGCUGGAUGCAUUUCGUAAAUGGUAUAAUCAAAUGACAAUUUCAUUUA